GGCUGCUACUGCUAAAGGAAGAGAGGUGAAAAGGAUGAGAAGAACUAGACAGGUGUUAACAUUAAACCCAAGAAGAUGCUCUGGUGGCUCUUAAAAUGGACAGUUUGCCUUCUCGGGCUGGUAACGUCGACCAACACUUCACCUGACGAAACUACGGGGGAUUUUGGAGGCGAGUCCGGCUCUGGGAUGCUGCUGACAGAUGAGCUGAACGUUCUGCUGGAGCUUUCUCCUCUGGUAUCAAACAGUAGCAACACAUCCAUGACUUUAGAUGACAGCAGGUGUCCAGUUCUACAUGUGGGACAGUACUCAACGAUGACUCUCCCUCUUCGACUACUCCUUACUGAAGCGUUUGCAAAUGAGUUCAGUUUGCUGGUGCAGCUAAGGAGUCCUCAGAGAGAUGAGUGCAGUGUCUUCACCAUGCUCAGCCCUGACAGUCACAUUAUGCUGCAGCUCCGGAUCAGUGCUUACGCUGUCAUCUUUAUAGGAACCCAACAACGGCACUAUGAGUUUCCAGUCAGCGGUCUGUCUGAUGGAGAGUGGCACCAUGUGGCUGUCAGUGUGUCUGCCAAGAGGCUGGCACUGUAUGUUGACUGUUCUCUGCUGGAGAGUGUGGACUGGGUUUACCACGGCAUGGAGAUCAGCACAGACGGGCUGCUUGUGGUUGGAGGCAUCGUUGAGGGGUUUGAGACUCCAUUUGAAGGUCAUCUCCGACAGCUGACCUUCCUGCUGGGUGACCCAGAAGCAGCUGAGCAGCAUUGUAGCCACCAUCCACCCCGCUGUGGAGAGAUUGGCACCAAGCCUCCUCGCUCCCCACGCACCAACAAUGCCUUAGAGGAUUUACUUUUGGCCUCAAAUGACCUGGAAGACCUUCUUGGGGAAGAGGGGCCAUUUUUGAAUUAUCGCAGAACUAAUGGGUUUUUGCGACGAGGGAGUCCUCGUGGGGAUGGAACAGUGCCUUCUGGAUCCAGUCGAAAAGGCUCACUAGGUCGUGGGGAUGUCUUUGUGAUAGAUGAGGACACUGACUUGUUGGAUCCAAUAUUCCAACAUGGAGGACAAAUCAACCCUCAGUGGAAACCCCCCAGAAAUGGACUUAAGGGAAUCCAGAAGGGGAAGCCUGAACUGUCCUCAAAAGACUUUGAGGAAAAUAUAACCACAGAUAAAAAGACAGACUCCAGUGGGAGGACUACCUCACUGUUCCCUGGAAAACCCUCUGAUGACAUCAUUGAUCUGGAUAUCGGAGGUGCCACCAAGAAGCCCUCAGUGGGAUUUCCUUUAAAUCCAAAGAUCCCUUUAGAUCCGAGAACAACCACAGACUCCCUAAAAGUGGAGGCCGAUGGGAGGUUCAGAUCGGUCUCGCCUACACCUCACGUUGUCUUACCUGAUUCAUCUGCAAAGGCAGACGCCAAUGACAAGAGACCCAUCAAUGGUGAUCGAAAGACUGAGAACAAGGGUAGACAGCCAAAAAAGGAGCCCGCUGGCACUGUGACUAUAGUAUCUAGAGAUGGAGACCUUGUCCUGGGUUCGGAUGGCAAAAUGUACUGGCUCCAGAGAGGACCACCAGGCCGAAUGGGUCCACCAGGGCCAGAAGGCUGCUCUGGUGAUCCCGGCCUCUCUGGGUUUAAAGGUGAUAAGGGUAAGAUGGGCCGAGAAGGGAAUCCAGGAAAAAGAGGGGCACCAGGACCUCCUGGCCCAGCAGGUUUACCGACCCUGUACCUGUGGAAGAACACAGCAGAGGAAUGGGCCGCCUUUCAGCAAACCAAUUUCUACCAGCUACUUCGUUCUGGUUGGCCUAGUAAAGAAGGUCCUGCAGGACCACCAGGAGAGAUGGGCAGACCUGGCUUACAGGGGCCACCAGGUGAACCUGGAGAGCGAGGACAGCCAGGGAUACCAGGAGAGAUGGGUGAACGGGGUCAGCAGGGCCCUCCUGGACGACCUGGGGCCCCAGGGAGAGAUGGGGAAAAUGGUGAAGAUGGAGAGCCAGGGUCAGCUGGUGCUCCUGGAUCACAGGGCCCAUGGGGAUACAGAGGAGAGCGGGGAACCAAAGGUGAAAAAGGGGAUGAGGGUCUUGUUGGCCUCAAGGGUCCAAGAGGAAGUAUGGGUGAACCUGGUGAGAAGGGCUCUAAAGGUUUACCUGGCCGACCUGGUCCUGUUGGAGCCCCAGGGCCUCAGGGGGUACGAGGUGGCGACGGGCCAGAGGGGCCUAUCGGGCCUGUCGGGGAGAGAGGAUUGGAUGGCCCUCCAGGUCCACCCGGGCCACCGGGUGCAGCAGGUUUCACAGGAGGAGUUGGUGCCCAAGGAGUUAAUGGCUCGAGGGGUGACAUGGGUCCUACUGGUAGAGUCGGUCCCAAAGGCCCACAGGGGCCUCCAGGUUUAGAGGGACAGAUGGGCCCACCAGGCCUCCGAGGACCCCAAGGACAUCCAGGACUAAUCGGUGCAGCUGGAUCUAAAGGAGAUCCUGGACCUGUAGGGCCCAUGGGUGCCCGUGGGGAACCCGGCUUUGAGGGACCCAUGGGCCCAGCUGGGGAUCAGGGCCCUGGGGGCUUCCCUGGGUUAAUGGGUUUCAGGGGACCAGAUGGGGACAAAGGGGAUCCGGGACCUAAAGGCAACAAAGGUUUCCAGGGAGCAGCAGGUAUUAGGGGUCCUCAGGGAGAGAGGGGACCUACAGGCUUCCCAGGUUUCCCAGGCACUACAGGUCAACCUGGCUCCAAAGGCACAGAGAAACCUCAUCAUUCAGGCACCUCCACCUUCUGGAGGAACUGUGGCUCCCAGAAAGCCAAUCAUUAUCACCUGACCCAGAGGAAGCAAGGGUCGAACAGGAAAGCGAGGCAACCCUGGACAACCAGGUCCAUCGGGUUUGACAGGGCCUCCUGGACCAGAGGGACCAGAAGGAAAGCCUGGGUCCCUCGGGUGCAGCUGGCAGUGUUGGCAAUAGAGGCCCAACGGGUUUUCAAGGAAUUGCUGGAAACAGAGGGGAAGAUGGCCCACCAGGUUCCCUGGGUCCACCAGGGAAAUCAGGGCCUCAAGGUGCACCAGGCCCCACAGGAGACAGGGGUUUCACAGGGAAGCCGGGCAUGGAGGGACCCCAGGGCCCAGUAGGCAUGUAUG